CAAGAUGGCGGUAGCGAUCUCAGUGGCUAGGGUCUGGGGGCCUAGACGAGGCCUGGGCCAGGCUACCCUCCUGUUGCUGCGGCAGCCUAUGGUUCGGGGAUUGGCUAGAUUUCACCCUCUCAGGCAGCAGCAGCAGCAGCAGUUCUCCUCCCUGGACGACAAGCCCCAGUUCCCAGGGGCCUCAGCAGAGUUUGUAGACAAGCUCGAGUUCAUCCAGCCGAAUGUCAUCUCCGGGAUCCCCAUCUACCGUGUCAUGGACCGCCAGGGCCAGAUCAUCAACCCCAGCGAGGACCCCAAUUUGCCCCAGGAAAAGGUGCUGAAGUUCUACAGGAGCAUGACACUGCUCAACACCAUGGAUCGGAUCCUCUAUGAGUCCCAGCGACAGGGCCGGAUUUCCUUCUAUAUGACCAACUAUGGCGAGGAGGGGACCCACGUGGGCAGUGCAGCCGCCCUGGACAGCACGGACCUGGUGUUUGGCCAGUACCGGGAGGCAGGUGUACUGAUGUAUCGCGACUAUCCCCUGGAACUGUUCAUGGCUCAGUGCUAUGGCAAUGUAAGUGACCCAGGGAAGGGGCGCCAGAUGCCUGUCCACUAUGGCUGCAAUGAGCGCCACUUCGUCACCAUCUCCUCUCCACUGGCCACCCAGAUCCCUCAGGCCGUGGGGGCAGCCUAUGCAGCCAAGCGAGCCAAUGCCAACAGGGUUGUCAUUUGUUACUUCGGUGAGGGGGCAGCCAGUGAGGGGGAUGCCCACGCUGGCUUCAACUUCGCCGCCACCCUCGAGUGUCCCAUCAUCUUCUUCUGCCGGAACAAUGGCUAUGCCAUUUCCACGCCCACCUCCGAGCAGUACCGAGGGGAUGGCAUUGCGGCACGAGGCCCCGGGUACGGCAUUAUGUCAAUCCGAGUGGACGGCAAUGAUGUGUUCGCUGUGUACAAUGCCACCAAGGAGGCCCGGCGGCGGGCUGUGGCAGAGAACCAGCCCUUCCUCAUUGAAGCCAUGACCUACAGGAUUGGGCACCACAGCACCAGUGACGACAGUUCGGCGUACCGCUCAGUGGAUGAGGUCAACUACUGGGACAAGCAGGACCACCCCAUCUCAAGGUUGAGGCUCUACCUGCUGAGCCGUGGCUGGUGGGACGAGGAGCAGGAGAAGGCCUGGCGGAAGCAGUCACGCAAAAAGGUGAUGGAGGCCUUUGAGCAGGCCGAGCGCAAGCCGAAGCCCAGCCCCUACCUGCUCUUCUCGGACGUGUAUCAGGAGAUGCCCACCCAGCUCCGGAAGCAGCAGGAGUCCCUGGCCCGGCAUCUCCAGACCUAUGGGGAGCAUUAUCCCCUGGACCACUUUGACAAGUGAGAUGCUCCCCAGCUACUCCGAUAGGUACCACACUCUGAGCUGAGGAGGGAGGCCUGGCAGGACGCCCACCCCCACUGCUUCCCCAGCCAGCUCUAAUAAAUUACUGGUGGCUGGGUUGUGCCUCAGACUGUGGGGGUGGCUCCUACUCCCCAUCCCUCCCCUCCAGGCAGCUCCACUUGGGGGGCCAUGUUUGCAGCAGUUGCUGAGACUUGGUCAGCUCCUCUUCACCUGUUACGGCGCCUCCUCCCAGGGGCCAGCCAGCAUGCCUAGGAACCAGAAGCUCCUCCUCUGGUGGGUGGGGUGAGAUGGCAGGGUGGCCUAUGGAGUUUACUCAGUGACAGUUGGUCAGGGGAGUAAAUAAACUCUGCGGCUCUGCCUGUGGCUCUUCAGCA